AUGUUUGGCAACCUCCUCCAGCUAGGAGACUCGCAUGCUAAACGAGCGGCCGCCUGGGUGAAGGAGUAUGGACCGGUCUUCCAGGUCCGGCUGGGCAAUAGGAGAGUUAUCUUUGCCAACACCUUCGAGUCCGUCAAGUACCUAUGGAUAACACACCAGUCGUCCUUGAUUUCACGCCCAAAGUUACACACAUUCCAUUCCGUCGUUUCCAGCUCCCAGGGAUUCACCAUUGGAACAUCGCCGUGGGACGAAUCCUGCAAGAGACGCCGCAAGGCUGCUGCUACAGCCCUGAACAGGCCGGCAGUACAGUCCUACAUGCCUAUCAUUGACCUGGAAUCAACUACUAGUAUUAAGGAGCUGUUGGCAGACAGCAAAGAUGGAACAGUUGAUAUCGAUCCAAACCCAUAUUUCCAGCGUUUCGCCCUGAACACCAGUCUGACCCUGAACUACGGCAUCCGUAUCGAUGGUAGCAUUGACGAUGAGCUAUUGAAGGAGAUUGUGACGGUGGAGCGCGCGGUUAGCAACUUCAGAAGCACCAGCAAUAACUGGCAGGACUAUAUCCCGCUUCUCCGAUUAUGGCCUACCAGUAACAGCCAGUCAGUUGAGUUUCGGGAACGUCGAGAUAAGUACAUGAGCAAGCUGCUUGAGAUGCUAAAGGAGCGUAUUGCAAAUGGCACCGAUAAGCCAUGCAUCACGGGAAAUAUAAUCAAGGACCCCGAAGCAAAGCUCAACGAAGCGGAGCGGAAGUCUAUUUGUUUGACCAUGGUGUCUGCUGGUCUUGACACUGUCCCUGGGAACCUGAUCAUGGGGAUCGCAUACCUUGCCUCUGAACAUGGCCAGGAGAUUCAGGAUCGCGCUUACGAGGAGAUCAUGAAGAUCUAUCCCAACGGAGAUGCCUGGGAGAAAUGUCUGGUUGAGGAGAAGGUCCCGUACAUCACAGCUCUGGUGAAGGAGGUCCUCCGCUUCUUUAUUGUAAUUCCCAUCUGUCUCCCCCGUGUCAGUAUCAAGGACAUCACCUGGAAGGACUCUGUAAUUCCCGCUGGAACCACCUUUUUCAUGAAUGCGUACGCUGCCAACUACGACUCUAAUCACUUCAAGGAGCCCUUCGAAUUCCGACCGGAGCGCUACCUCGACGUUGCUGACGGGACGGGCACGCCACAUUAUGCCUAUGGUGCAGGAAGUCGUAUGUGCGCAGGCUCGCAUCUCGCGAACCGUGAGCUUUUCACUGCGUUUCUCCGUAUAAUCUCCGCUUUUACGAUCGUUCCGGCAAAGGACAGGGCGGAUGAUCCCGUACUCGAUCCCAUCGACUGCACAGAUAACAAGACCUCGCUGACUCUCGACCCUCGGCCGUUCAAAGUCGGUUUCAGGGUGCGUGAUCGAGCAAAGUUGGAUCAAUGGAUCAGAGAGUCGGACGAGAGAACCAAAGACUUGUAA